AUGCCAAGUAGGGAAAGCUGAGUGAGGCAAAGUGAGCGCAAGUGAAAACGCUCCCGAAAAAUAGUUCCCACACCAUCAUUUGCGCUAGUUUAUAAGAAUGCUAAACCUUAUUUAAGCUGAUCGGUAUCGAUCAGUAUGGGUUCCAAGCAAGCGAAAGCGCCGUCAAAGCCUGCUGGGGUACUUGGUGCAGUUAACAAGUGCGAAGGGACUCCGUUCCGAUAGGUUUUCUCUUCAUCGCCGCAAAAGGUUACCUUAGUCAGUGACUGACUAAACUGAGCAAUAGACUGACUCAAUAACGCGCCGACUCGCUUGCUGAGCGACUCGCUAAUUUGCCCACACUGUGGACAUAAUGCUUGAAUUAUGUUGAUGUGGACACCACUAAUUAAAGGGAUAUUAUUCAAAAGAAACUAAUUUGACUUUCCUUGUUUAAUUGCGACGUCAUAACUGUGCCCGAGAAGGCGCCGCUAGUUUUUUGACGUCAUAGCCAGCUGGUGCAGGAACUUCGAGGCGGCGUCGUCAGCCGUCAACUUAUUGACGCGAAAUUAACUAAUAUAGUUUGAUUCGCCAGUGUUCUUUUCACUCAGUCUUUCGAAUGUCAUUCAUUACGAAGAUUUUUUUUUUAGCGCACUAGUUUGUCUUGCAGAUCCUGACACCUUGCUCCUAACACCUUGUAAUUAUUUUCUAAUGCAUGCGUACUAAGCUACUGUAGGAUUCCUAAUUCUCUCAACUGUAUGAGGCGGAGUACACAUAUUUUGAAGAAUAAUUCUGGUGAUUAAUAUUGGUAAUUGAAUAAACUACUUUUAGUGUUUCUCUGUAAUGCCCUCCCCCUGCUUUGAUUUGCAGUCUAACCAAGACAUGGAAAAAUGGCCGAUGUUGUUUUGAACUUUCUUUUCUUGGGUAUUUUUGCAGAUGAUACCGCGGCACAGGAGCAGGAUGAUGCAGCGGCAAAGGAGCAAGACGCGCCGUCCGAAGAGGAGGAAGGUGAAGGUGACGCGCCUAAAAAACCCAAGAAAGCGGCCUCCAAGGCAAGACCGGUGAAGCCCGCCAAAAACGCCAAGCAGCGCAAACCGAGGAGCAGGAUUCCGACGACAACGAGGAGGAGCCGAAGAAAAAGACCAAGGCGAAAAAGGCGGAUGAAGAGUCCUCCGACGACUAGCCAUCGACGACCCGGGACACCGCAGAAUAAACAUUCUGAACCCACUGAAAGAACUUGUCACUUGCUUUCUGCUACGCAAAGCGUGGGCGUCACCACUGCAACGGCGAUGCAGCCGCCGACCCUGAGUUGA